AGUCGACUCGUGACCUCUGAAGGGUGUGCCGAGGCGUGCUGCCGCCGCGCCCACACACCCCCACACGCCUGCUGCCCAUGUCCCUUCUUGGCUGACUGGCUGCACCUCCUGCCGUGGCCGGUGCCGAGCAUUCUGAUUGCUGAGUGGACAUGGCCUGCUGACGAGGCUGUACGCGCGAGAAGUCAGUUAUUUUUCGCAUUCAAAUCGCGGUGAGGGCUCUAGUAGAUGCUAAGCUUGGUGCGGCGAUGCAGACCGUGAUGUAGCACCGACGCGGGCCCACAAGAGUACUGUUGUGUAGAGAUCGUGACCUGUAGAGAGAGAGACACCGCUGGGACGCGCGCGGGUACAAUGACGGGCGUGACACUCCCACUGAGACCGUGCGUGAGGGGAGCAGCGAGGCGCCCUGUGGUGAACCUUGUAUUGGUUUGUGUCCUGGUAACUUUGCCCGCUCUUGCUGCCGCCAACUACAAGACGGAGCGCUUCAAUGGGUUCCUUAACUAUGGGAAGAAAGUCAUCAAGCCCGGGGAGGAGAUUGGCAAUGAAAUUAUCAAAUCCAAGGUGGAGGUGCUCGGGGAAAUCUUCAAGCAGCACGUGCACGGCCUUCGUCAGGUUCCCAAUCAGCGCAUUGAGCUCAUCUUCCUGGUGGACGCCUCGGCCUCAGUCGGGGCAGAAAACUUCUUCAACGAGAUCAAGUUCGUCAAGAAACUCUUAGCAGACUUCGCCGUCUCUUAUAACCAGACGAGGGUGGCCGUCAUCACCUUCUCCAGCAAGCACAAGGUAAUUCGGCACAUUGACCAUGUGACUCAGGCCUCGGAACAAAACCACAAAUGCUCGUUGCUGGAGAGGGAGCUUCCGAGGAUCAGAUACUCCGGGGGCGGCACCUACACUCUUGGGGCACUCCUGGAGGCUCAGAGCAUCAUAGCCCUGGCCAGACCUGAUGCCAUAAAGGCUGUCUUCUUGGUGACCGAUGGCUACAGUAAUGGUGGGGACCCGAGGCCUGCUGCUGCUUUCCUGCAAGCCCGAGGGGUGCGAAUAUUCACGUUUGGCAUCCGGAAUGGCAAUGUCAAGGAGCUGUAUGACAUGGCCUCUGUCCCAAAGGAAGAACACUCAUACAUCCUUGAUUCCUUUGAGGAGUUUGAAGCGUUAGCAAGGAGAGCACUGCAUGAAGAUCUACACAGUGGUGUGUACAUGGAGCAGGACAGACGUGCAUGCCUCAAGCUGUGCCAGGAUGGAGAGCUGAACAGCUGCUGUGACAUCUACGCUUCCUGCACCUGUGGCACUCACACGGGCCACUAUGCCUGCGCCUGCCGUGAGGGUUACUAUGGCACAGGUCUGCGUGGUGAUUGCAGGGCAUGUCCAGCAGGCACAUACAAGAACACACAGACCCCUGGGGAUGUUUCCACCUGCCUGCCGUGUCCAGACCCCAACAUGCUGAGCUCCUCGGGCUCCACCUCUCGCCAGCAGUGCUACUGUAAACGUGGCUACACCCAGAUUGGAAUGAGAUGCACCAUGAUGCAGUGCCCAGUACUCAAGCCACCUCAGAAUGGUUAUUUUGUGCGCAAGACAUGUGGUAAUGUGGUGAAUGCAGCUUGUGGCAUCCGCUGCAAUUCUGGUUACACCCUACAGGGCUCCUCCAUCCGACUGUGUGGCGAGGAUGGUGUCUGGAGUGGCGGUGAUGCACAUUGUAUCAUGAAAUCAUGUCAGGAGCUCCAUGCUCCUGGCAAUGGGACUGUGCAGUGCUCCCAGGAGCAGCCCACCAUAGACACUGAGUGCACCUUUGGUUGUGAUCCGGGAUUUCAGUUGGUGGGCUCACAGGUUAGGACCUGCUUGCCGGUGGCUAUGUGGGAUGGCAUCCCUGCAUAUUGCAAACCAAUCUUCUGUCCCAGCCUGCCACCCAUCCAUCAUGGAAGAGUCAGCCCAGCCUCCUGCUCAUCCCCCAGACCCAAGUAUGGCAUCAACUGUGAAUACACAUGUGACCCAGGCCACCAGAUGACUGGGCCGAGGUGGACCAGUUGUGUCAGCCAUGGUGUGUGGUCUGCUAAGGGCAAGACUACCAGAUGUGUCGAUGUGACCCCACCUGUCAUCCAGUGUCCUGCCAACAAGACAGUGGCCACAGAGCCCCAUGAGAGCUAUGCCUUGGUUCGCUGGGAUGGGCCACACAUCACUGAUAAUGCAGGGAAUGAGUAUGUGGGUGUGGCGUCCAUUCCUGUGACCACCCAGCCAAUGAAGCUUUCCAUUGGAACACACACAAUCACCUACUUGGCCAAGGACAAGAUGGGCAACAGAGCCUCAUGCAAGUUCUCCAUCACAGUUCUGGAUGAGGAGGCCCCGAGGGUGGACUGGUGUGAGUCACCGCCCAUCUUCCUCUCCCAUGAGGAGGAUGUGGAUGUGUACUGGGAGGAACCGAUUUUCUCAGACAACUCAGGCAAGGAGGUGCAGGUUACUCGGUCAUUAGAUCCAGGACGGUUCCCUCAAGGUGACACGCUGGUGGAGUACCUGGCCAUGGAUGAGGCAGGAAACACAGCUUCCUGCAACAUCACCAUCACUGUGCAGAAGCAUGCCUGCCAACUGCCGGUGGAUCCCAUCAAUGGUGCUGCCAACUGUACCGAGAACCCAUCUGCCAUCUUCUGCACCCUCACAUGUUAUGAUGGCUAUGCCUUUGCCAUGAGGCCACAGCAGGAUUACUUCUGUGCCUAUGAUGGUGUUUGGCUCCCAGAUGACAAUCCAAUGCCAUUCCCAGACUGUUCAGUGACAUCAGUGUCAAACAGCAUUGCUCAGGAAGGAGAGCUGGCGCUGGAGGACGAUGGCUCUGUGUGUGAUGACAUUUUCCUCAUGGGACAGGUGGAGAACCAACUGGAACAGAAACUGGAGCAGGCCCUGAACUCAAUGUGCAAUGAGGAUGUAGUGUGUGAGGUGGCAGCUGUGGAGGCAGUAUGUGAAGAGAUUCUGUCUGAGGCAGAAGAAGAAUACAACUCUAUUGACUUCUUCAGGAGAAAGCGGUCUGUUCCUUACAUGUCCUUCGUCCCAGAUGAACCCCUGGAGCCCGGCUGGAAGUACUGGAUCCGGGGCAGCGGCAACACUCGGGUCAAGAGGGUCAGGAGAGGAGCUCUGGAAUUCAUCAACCGUGAGGACCUGGAUGUCUUAACACGACACAAGAGACAGUUUGGAUUCUCACUGGACCACAUUUUCUUUGGUGAGAGUCAAACCACCACCACUCCCUCCCCUGUGGUGCAGAAGACUGACAGCAACAAAAUUGGUGCACUCAUUGAUAUUAUCUCGCGGUCUAUGGGGUCUGAUAUUGGCUCAGUGCAGUUUGCCUCCUUUCUGGCCAACCUCAAGACACAGAAUGGUGCCUUCUCCUCUGAGGACUUCCUGACAGCCUUUUCUGAGGAGUUUGGUGAGGAGAAAGUAAGAGCCUUGCAGGAGCUGGCUGGAGGAAAGUUUGGAGUAACUGGUUUUUCUACAAAUCAUUCUUCAUCCUCCUUCUCUUCCUCUUCUUCCUCUUUCUCAAGUAGCCAGAGUGUGGAGUCUGGUUCCCCUGAUGAGCUCCAGCAGCGUCCAAGUUUUACAAAAAAGGCCUUCAAGCUGCAGUUCAAAGUGCAAGGUCAUGGGUCAGGGGCUUCCAACCAACUUCAGGAAGCCCUGGGGGAGCUGCUGCAGGCUGCUGAGUCAGGACAGCUUGACCUAGACUAUGGAGAGCAGCAGCUACGUGUGGCAGCAAUCCGUCUGAGGGAAGACAUGGAAUAUGUGUGUGAGGCUGGCAGUGUUGCAAGAGAUGGGGGCAGGUGUGUGAAGUGUCCUGUGGGAACCUUCUUCAAUGUCAUCUUGCGGGAGUGCCAGCCAUGUCCCCAGGGAUCCUUCCAGCCAGAGGAAGGCCAGGUGUCCUGCCUUGUGUGUCCUGCCAACACCUCCACCAAGACCAGUAAUGCCAAGAGUGAUGCUGAUUGCAAAGCUCAGUGCUUGCCAGGAACAUUUUCUGAGGAUGGCCUUGAACCAUGCACCACCUGUGAGUUAGGCCAGUACCAGGAUGAUUACUCCUCACUCUCCUGUGCCAGCUGUCCCCACGGCACCACCACCUGGCGCCGCGGCACCUGGGUCAUUGACGAGUGUCGCCCAAUGUGUCUUCCUGGCCAGGUGUCAAACACAGGACUGGAGCCUUGUUACUAUUGUCCCCCAGGACACUUCCAGGAACAGGAGGGGCAAAAGGAGUGCCUCAGAUGUCCAGGAGGAGGCAGCACUCCAGACCGUGGCACUGCUUCCAUGUACCAGUGUGACGGAGUGUCCCCAGAUGACCAGGCAGUGUACAACACCCUGGAGACAGUGCCAAUCAAUGACUGCUUCAGUGAGCCCUGCCUUAACUCAGCCACUUGUGUCCCCAUGGCUUCUGGUUAUAUGUGUGAGUGCUCACCCGGCUUCUCAGGUGAACAGUGCCAGACUGAGGUCAAUGAGUGUGAGAGUGAACCCUGCUUCAACAAUGGCUCCUGCACUGACCAACUCAACAGCUUCCACUGCAGCUGCCUGCCUGGCUUCACAGGGCCUCAGUGUGAGGUGAACAAUGAUGAAUGUAACCCUGACCCCUGCCAGAAUGGUGCUGCAUGUGUUGACCUCAUAAAUGCCUUCAAGUGUAUUUGUGAGUCAGGAUACACAGGUGAGGUGUGUGACAUAGACGUAGAUGAGUGUGCUGCAAAUCCCUGUGCUGAGGGUGCCACUUGUCAGGAUCUCCUUAAUGACUUCAUCUGCCUCUGUCCUCCUGGAGACACUGGUCGCUUCUGUGAGACUCACAUCAAUGAGUGUGAGUCAUCGCCUUGCCUCCAUGGCUUGUGCCUGGACCAAGUCAAUGAGUUCAAGUGUGUGUGUGAACCAGGAUACACUGGAACCACUUGUGAGGAGGACAUAGAUGAGUGUGCAUCUCAGCCAUGCCAGAAUGGUGCCACAUGUCUUGAUGAAAUCAGUGCAUUCUCCUGCACCUGCCCACCUGGGUUCUCUGGUACACUGUGUGAGGAUGAAAUCUCAGCUGAUUUCUUCCUGAAGUUUCCCUCAUCUGGCAUCCUUGAUUAUGUGUCUCUGGAGGGCUUCUCACAUUCUUUGGACAGUUUUUCUUUGUGUUUAUGGAUGAAGACUGAUGACCUGAACAACUAUGGCACACCCUUCAGCUAUGCUACAGACUCUCAUGACAAUGCACUCACUCUCACAGACUACAGUGGGUUUGUGUUGUACGUGAAUGGUGACAAGCAGAUUACUGAUGUGCGAAUCAAUGAUGGCUUGUGGCAUCAUGUGUGUGUCACCUGGACCUCUGCUGAUGGCACCUGGGUCAUAUACCUUGAUGGAGUCCUGAAUGACAGUGGCACUGGCCUGGCAAAUGGCACUUCUGUUGAAGGUCAUGGUGUGCUGGUGCUGGGACAGGAACAAGACCAGCGGGGUGGUGGGUACAGCCCCCAGGAGAGUUUUGUAGGCCAGGUCACUCAAGUCAACUUGUGGGCUGAGGUGCUUCCCUAUCACCAGGUCCGCCACAUUUUCCACCAAUGUGAACGAUACGUCGGGUCAGUGGUUGGCUGGCCAGACUUCCAGUGGGGUAUCAAAGGCCAGGUUAUGGCUCAAGUGUCAACCUUCUGCCGGGGUUGUGGUGUGCCACGAGUACCUGAGGAUGGCACCCUAACUAGAAACGGGACACAGGCAGGGGACAUUGUCACAGUCAGCUGCAAUGAAGGCUUCAAGCAAUACCAAGGUGACAGGGAGCGGACCUGUCUGGUGUAUGGCAGCUGGUCAGGUGAAGAGCCAGAGUGCCGAGCUGUGUCAUGUGGCUUCCCAGGUCACCUCAUCAAUGGUUAUGUUGAGGGCCGAAGUUACAAGUAUGGAGACACCAUUGUGUUCACCUGCAAUCCUGGGUUUAUGCUCAAAGGGGAGGACAGGAGCAUUUGUCAAGCAGAUGGCAAAUGGAGCAAUGAGCUUCCAAAGUGUGAUGUGGUCAUGUGUCCAGACCUGAGUGCUGGACCUCAUGGGCAGGUCACUACUAGGAUUGGCGAAUACUUGCCCACCAAUAAGAUCAUGUUCCAGUGUGAGGAGGGCUACCAGAUGGAUGGGCCCAGCACCCUUGUCUGUGGUGGGGAUGGUGAGUGGAAUGGUGAGGCCCCACAGUGCCAGUCCAGGACCUGUGGUGAGAUUCCCAGUAUUUCCCAUGGGUACAUUGAGGAAGGAUGGACGCAGGUAAGGCCAGGGGAGCAGGUGGUGGUGAGGUGUGAGCCAGGCUACAAGCUGAGGGGUGAUCCGUUUAUUACUUGUCAAGAAGACUCCACCUGGUCCCUCCCGCUGCCCAAGUGCACCAAGCCUAAGUGCCCCAAACCCCCACCUGUUGAGAAUGGGGCGGUAAAGGUCCGUGCCUCACUGAGUGAAGACGGGACGACUGGCCAAGCUGCUGUGUAUAAGUGUAACCGUGGCUAUGAGUUGGUGGGGGCCAAGACACUCAAUUGUGGUGAUGAUGAGCAGUGGGAUGGUCCAUGGUCCUCUUGCUUGCCUAUGCCAUGCCCUACCCCAGAGGUGCCACCCCAUGCCAUCUUGCCAGAGCGCGAUGUGUGGCGGGUUGAUGAUGUUGCGGAGUACAAGUGUCAGGAGGGCUUCAGCCUCCAUGGUGCUGCCUCCCGUACCUGCAUCAGUUAUGGGUCUGAUGCAGGAUGGGGAGGAGAUGUCCCAGAGUGUAGGGUCAUAAAGUGUCCUCCAGUAGCCAAGCCCCAGUAUGGAGUUGUGUAUGUGUCAUAUCAUCCUCCUCCACCACCCAGCACUGCCCCAGUCAUCUUCCCUGUAGUUGAAUCAGAAGGUCUUGUGCCAAGAAACAAGAGGCAGGUCUUAUUGUUCCCAGAUGUACAGGAUGUCUAUCCAGACUUUCCUGAGCCAUCUCAGUCAGCUGAUCUAGAUCAUGUGUACUAUGGCCAGACUCAUGGUACAGAUUAUUAUAGCCAAUCAACUGGUAUCUUUGGUCAGUCUUCUGAUGGCUUCGAUGCAUUUGGUCAGUCUUCUGAUGGCUUCGGUGAAUUUGGUCAGUCUUCUCAUGGCUUCAAUGAAUUUGAUCAAUCCUCUAAUGGCUUUGAUGAAUUUGGCCAAUCCUCUAAUGGCUUUGAUGAAUUUGGCCAAUCCUCUAAUGCCUUUGAUGAAUUUGGGCAAUCCUCUAAUGCCUUUGAUGAAUUUGGCCAAUCCUCUAAUGGAUUUGAUGGCUUUGGGCAAACUGUUAGUGGCUCUAAUCCUGAUUAUACAUAUAACUUAAAUCAGGUAGAGGACAGUUUCACCAUCAGUAAGACUAAUGGAGGCUUGACAGUUGGCCAGGAGCAGCAGCAGAGAGUGACUGAGAUGUUAGAGAAUAAUCUUUAUGAUACUGAGGUGGAGUAUGACUGUCAACCUGGCUACAAGCUCAUUGGUGCUCGCCGCCGCCGCUGCACUGAGACUGGAGAGUGGGAUGCCCCUGAACCAAUCUGCUAUGAAGAGUAUUGCUCCACACUUCCUGUAGUGCCCAACAGCCACAUUGUUUACUCUGGUUCAGGAGUAAAUAGCCGUGCAGAAUAUGUUUGUAAUGAGGGCUACACAUUAGAGGGAGGUGAUUUUGAACUCUUAUGCCAGCCUGACAAAACAUGGCUAGGAGCUCUGCCAUCCUGCCAGGUGAUGGACUGUGGCCAGCCUCCAGCAAUUGCCAAUGGUACUGUGGAAGUGUCAUCAACAACAUUUGGUUCUGUAGCACUAUAUGACUGCUUCUUUGGCUUUGUCAUUGAAGGGAGCUCUGAGCGGUACUGUGAUGGCUUUGGAUUUUGGAAUGGGACUCAGCCACGAUGUGUGGCAGUUACAUGCAUAGUGCCACCACUUAUAGUCAAUGGAUACAUAGCAUAUGAGGGUAAUAUGUAUGUUGACUCUCAGAUUGAGUAUGAGUGUCAAGAAUGCUUUAAAUUAAAUGGCACUCGAUUUAGAACCUGCACAGUGGAGGGUCUCUGGACCCUGGAAGAACCUGCUUGUAACCUUAUCUACUGUGAACCCUUGCCAAGUAGCAUACCCAAUGGCCGAGUGAUUGGCAGUGAUAAUGCCUGUGGAUCGCUGGUGGAGUAUGAGUGUUCAGCAGGAUAUGAACUGAAAGGCCGACAGAAAGCAACCUGUUUGGAAAAUGAAAUGUGGAGUUCUCCUACCCCAUCUUGUGAGAGGGUGAGCUGUGGUGUUCCACCACUCCUGGGUAAUGGUAGACUUGUUGGGGAGUCAUUCCUCUUCACUGACAAGAUCACAUAUGAGUGUGAUGAAGGACAUGUGCUCAGGGGAAAUAGUGUUCGAGUUUGCCAGGCUAAUGCCACAUGGUCACAUUCAUUCACACGUUGUGACAUUUUGAACUGCACAGUUCUGGAAGCACCAACUAAUGCAGUAAUUGAUGUGACUGGAGUGUCUUUUGGUUCUUAUGCUAAUGUACGCUGUAUCCCUGGUUUUCGUGCUGUAGGGGAGACUACGCUUCUAUGUGAUGCAACAGGACACUGGAACAAAGAAUUGCCUUACUGUGACCCAGUCAAAUGCCCUCCUGCACCCAAGCCAUUGCAUGCUACAUACAAGUCAAGUGAAUCAGAGUUUACUGCCUUCACUACAUUGAGCUAUGAGUGUGAGGAAGGCUACACCACAUCCUCCUGGAGCACAGUGCUGACCUGUAGCUCUGAUGGUGAGUGGACUGGAGAAGUAAUACAGUGCAAUCCAGUUGUAUGUGGGAACCCUGGAACACUGCCUCAUGGAUACAUCUCUGGCACUGACUAUACAUUUGGCAAGGAGGUUCAAUUCUCGUGCAUGGAAGGUUACAGGCUCCUAGGGGCACCUUCAGCUGAAUGCCAGGCUGAUGGCACAUGGAGCAACUAUGCCACAUCCUGCCUAAAAGUUACAUGUCCUGAGCCAGAGCAGAUUCAGUUUGGCAACCUGGUGGCAGAUAAUGUUGAUAGUUCAUAUGGCACCUCAGUGACUUACCAGUGCAAUGCUGGCUACAUAUUAAAGGGUCAAUCCAACAGGGUUUGUGGGGCUGAUGGUGUAUGGAUGGGAGGUAGCCCCACUUGCCAACCAGUUACUUGUCCUGAACCUGUAGAGGCCCUGCAUGCAAUAAUGACAGGGGAUGUUUAUGAGUACAGCCACAACAUUACAUACACCUGCUAUGAGGGUUACUACAUGGUUGGGGAAGGUGUGUUGAAGUGUCAAGCUGAUGGUACUUGGUCUCGCAGAGCUCCUGUCUGUGAAAUGAUCACCUGCCCAGCAUUACCUGAUAUUCCACAUGGAAACUGGACUAGGAGGAAAUUCAGUGAAUUCCCAAUCAAGACUGAGCCACAGGCAGAGGCAGUGGUGAGGGAGGUAUUGCCAGCAAACAAGAGGGGUAAGAAAGGACGCAGAAAGAGCAAAGAACUUUCCCGCAUUCAAGACCUCCUGGUAACUCAGGGACAAGAAGCUUUGAUAUUUGAGUAUGGUGAAGAGGUGGAGUUUACAUGCAACAGUGGCUACUCUAUGUCCUCCAGUGGCUUACUGUCAUGCACAGAGAACGGAUGGAGUGCUGAGAUCCCCCAGUGUCAUCCAAUAUCAUGUCCAAUCCCCAUUAAGAUUCGGCAGGGUACUGUGACUGGUAAUGACUAUUCCUUGGGGGCCACCAUUCUCUAUGAGUGUGAUGAAGGCUAUGAGCUCUUUGGGGUGGCCUCUCGGACUUGUCAGGAAAAUAAAGAGUGGACAGAUAUUGAGCCAUAUUGCAGAAUCGUAGAGUGCCCAAUACCAGCUCACCUAGAGAAUGGGCAGAUGCUUGGGGAGAACAUCACGUACCAGUCAGUGCUGCGCUACAUGUGUGACUCAGGCUUCAGGCUGGAGGGAGUGGACACCAGGACCUGUCAGAGUAAUGGGUACUGGACUGGGGAGCAGCCAGUGUGUAUGGAGCUGUUCUGUGACAUACCAGCUGAGGUUCCUCAUGCUAUUAGGGAUAUUGUGGACUUAAAGGUUGGAGGCACAGUGCGCUACACCUGUGUUGAGGGAUACCACAUGCAGGGGCAGGCUGUCCUCAACUGUGUACAGGAAGGACGCUGGGAUGCCAUACAGCCUCGCUGCAUCCAAGUUGACUGUGGCCCACCACCCUUGGGAGACAGUGUGUUGGUGGAGGGCAACAGCACCACCUAUGGCUCCCAGGUAACAUUCCAGUGUGAGCGAGGUUAUCGUCUGGAAGGGCCAGAAUGGAGUACAUGUGUGCAGUCUGGAAGAUGGACAGCUGAUGCACCUUUGUGUGAGCCUGUCUUGUGCCCCGAUCCUGCCUCUAGUCCAAAUGGAUACCUUGUGGAGGAAGAAGAGACUGCUGUAGAAGAGGAAGUCAAGGAAGACGUGGAUAAUGAAGUAGAAACCUUUAGUUUGUUCCCACGACAAUAUGAACCAAAGAACAAGAAAAAAGGCAAAAAGGGUAAAAAAAAGAAGAACAGGAAAAAGCUAAGUAGGAUGGUGAAAAAAGAAUACAGAGUAGAUGCUGAAGUCAACUGGGCCUGUGAUGAAGGUUUUGAAGCCAAGGGAUUGACAAAGGCUGUGUGUCUUGAGUCUGGAAGAUGGUCAACUGAGCCUCCUCGUUGCCGGCGUGUGUCAUGUGGGCCUCCAAGUCUACCUGAUAAUGCUUUUGUUGAUGCAGUGACCUUUGUCUAUGGAAGCACUGCUAACUAUACCUGUCGUGUUGGAUAUGUCAUGCAGGGAGAAGGAGUGCUUCAUUGUGAAGCUGAUGGCACCUGGAGCUCUGAGGCACCCACCUGCACCCCAGUGUUGUGUGGACAUCCCUCCAUUCCUCUCAAUAUCAGCACACACUUCACCGUGGCAGAGCAUGGCCUGAAGUAUGGCUACAGCUCCACCGUGACUUAUUCCUGUGCUGCUGGCUAUGAGCUUCAAGGAGGAGAGUAUCAGGUGUGUGAGGCAGAUGGGACAUGGCAUGGUGCUGUCCCAACCUGUGUGGAAAUGAUCUGUGAUGCUCCUCCCAUCCUGCCACAUGGUAAGGGGCUCCUGAAUGAGGGAACAUGGCCCCAAGUUGCCAGUCUUACCUGCAACUAUGGCUACAACCUGACUGGAGAUACCAAGGUCUUCUGCCGUCAGGGUCAUUGGAUGGACUUCAACACCACGUGUGAGCCCGUGAACUGCUUUGAGCCUGAAGUGCCACCUUACGGGAAGAUCACUGCCAAGCACUUCAGUUUUGGAAGCAUUGCCAAUUACUCCUGUAUGCAUGGCUACAUGUUGGUGGGCAACCCAUCUGUGGAGUGUGAUUCAGAUAGUACCUGGAAGGGCGAGAUCCCAGUGUGUCUGCCAGUUGACUGUGGUGCCUUAGAGAUUCCUAGCAAUGGAAGGCUGGACUACUUUUCCACCGUGCUGCACUCCAAGGCAUGGUAUUACUGCAAUGCAGGAUAUCAAAUCUUUGGGGAAGCAGUCAGGACCUGCACUGCUAACGCUACCUGGAGUGGAAAUGAUCCCCAGUGUUUCCGAAAGGAUUGUGGAGAGAUGAAGGCUCCCAAGAAUGGGUAUGCAAUGGGUAUUGGGACUCAGUACGGGGAGGAGGUCAGGUUCAUGUGUGAGGAAGGUUACUUGCUGCAGGGAGAAGCUUUGGUUACUUGCCAGGCCUCAGGAGAAUGGUCAGCACUCACGCCAACCUGCCAGCCUGUGAAUUGCGGACACCCUCCUGCACCACCCAACAUGGCCAGCCUGUCUUACUCCCUCACCUCCCCCAAAGUGUAUGAGGACCGAAUUUUCUACUCCUGUCUGGAUGGAUUUAUCAUGCGUGGUGACCUAAGCUCCACCUGCCAGGAGAAUGGCCAGUGGUCCCGUGUUAGAGGGAAAUGUUCCAGAGUGUCAUGUGGAAGACCAAGAGUGAACACUGAAGGCAUUGUGAUCAUUGGGAGGUCAUUCUACUACAAGGAUAGAGUGAGAUAUCGCUGUCCUCCAGGCAAGGUCAAUAACGGAUCAUCAGUACUGACCUGCCUGGAUGAUGGGUCAUGGUCAGAGGAUCCAUCCUGUGUUUCCAACUGUGGGCGUCGCUGCCUCAAUGGGGGUGUGUGUCUUACCAACCACGUGUGUUCCUGUCGCCCGGGUUAUGUUGGGGACCACUGCCAGUAUGCUCAGUGUAUCGCUCCGUGUCUGAAUGGAGGUACCUGCAUUGCCCCAUACAAGUGCAGCUGCCAAGAUGGCUACACUGGCAACCGUUGCCAGACGCCUCUUUGUCCGCUGCCGUGCCUGCAUGGUGGCGUCUGCACCAGUCCCCACCGCUGCACCUGCCUUCCUGGAUAUUCUGGGUACCGUUGUGAGAAGACUGUGUGUGAGGGUGGAUGCGGUUAUGGUGGCAAGUGUAUCGGCCCCAAUGUAUGUCACUGCGGUGAUGGAAGUGUUGCACCAUCCUGCCAUGAUGACUAUGAGUAUGACUACAGCUAUUAUGGAGACUAUGAUCAGGAUAGCACCAUCUUGGAAGCACCAGACCUUGAGGAUGUGGGCUACAUCACAGUAGCUUAGUGUGGACCCUUCUCACUGACCAGACCAUUGAAAUCAAUGGCAUUUAUUUAUUUAUAUACAAACAAGGUAGGUUAGGUAAAGGAAGUAUCAGAAAUCUAAUGUUUAUGCAGUACAGUUCAAGGAUAAGGAAGAAUUAAAAUACACAUUCUGGUAACUGCUUUUUGAUGUCCCUUUUAGUGAAGACUGUAAGGCACAGAAUGGAGAAAAGAUUGAUUCAAAGUGACUUGUGAAGGCUACCAUGGGUGUGCUAUGCUGAGUGAGAUGAUAACAUUAGACAUAUGCAAUGUUCCCUGAUUUUCCCUGUUGAAUGCACUCCAUGUUUCUCAGACCCAGGCCAGGAUCACACACACAACCUGCCACCUGCUUUGUGGAGCUGUGAUGUGCUGCCCCUGUGGUACUUUGUGUGGUAGAAACUGGAAGUAUAUUGAUGAAGAGAGAAAUUACAGAUUAUUUUCUCUAAUAUCAAUCUGCCUAGUUAAAAGAUGUAUGACAAAGCUAAUAUUUAAUGAGGCACUAUACAAAAUGAAAAUAAUGAGGUAGAUGAAAUAGACAUCAUAUUUAUUAUGAAAUUUUUUGAGAAUUACUGAGUGAGAUUAUAUACAUAUGCAAUAAAUGUAAUGUAUGUGAAGAACCUAUAUAUUUUUAUUUGCCAUUUUGUUACAAAGUUAUUUUAAUUUACAGAGGUGAUUAGAUCAAGGUUGUUGACAGAUGUCAUUGUUCUUAUUGAAUUUCUUGCUUUACUAAAAGAAGCCUGAAUGACUUUUAUAUUUCUGGAAUUACUUGUGUCAAAUUUUCUACACUAAUUGCCACACAGGCAAGAUGUCUGGAUAGAGAAACUUGUUAUAUUAAACCAAAAAAAUCCCAUGUAUAUAGUAUUGAUAUGUAGUAAAAAAAAUCAUGUAUAGUAGAGUAGUGGUUAGACUUCAUAGAGUAGCUCAGUGAUGUGAUUUUUAUAAUGAACCAGAAUUUAUAACUUAAGAAAUGAUAAAGAUAUGUUUCAUGAA